CCCACGUCUUGACGAGGCGUGUGGCUUGGACCGUCACAGACGAAUGAGGGAGAGUGCCUGAUCACCCACAUCGGGAGCUGCGCAAGGUUCCCCAUCGAAUAUGCGGGCAUUAGCCUUUCCAUUUCUUUCUUCUUAAAUCUCACGACUUGCACACCAGGCAGGCAGAUCCUCAGUUUAGCAUAGCAUUCAACACCAUGGACCAAGGCCCUGAACGCGAUCCUAAGCCACCAACUCGUCUCAAGCCGCCAGUGAACGGCCCUGACCUUGCACCACCAUACUUGACUCCGACGCCACUGUUUCCUGCACCCGCGCAAGCCCGGAAGGGCCCAACCACAAAGGUCCAUAAGGUUGAGUGCUGGGUUUUUGAUGGAGCUUCGCCCGUCACUGCAUCUGAAGGUGGUACCUUCACCAGGGACCAGAUCACCGACUGGCUCAAGGCACCCAGCCCGACUACGCAGAGUGCCGUCAAGCCUGCCGCUGGACUUCGACUCGUUUGCUGGGAGCAGCAAGACUCGAUGAAAUGGCCUUUUGACAAGGCUACAUGCGAGGCCAUCCAAGAUGCCCUGGGUUUGCCCAAGGCCUCCUCCUAUCUCAACUUGCCCAAGUCUGGUGCCUGCGGGAAGUAUCUUGGGAUACCCGGACAGCCGAUCUUUAUCUACCACCGGUCAAACAACAACGGCACGAUCUCGACAGUCCUCAAGUACGACUCAGCCGCCAAUAUCACCACCGGCUACGCCCUUUUGGGGCCGCGUAUCUCCCUGGAGGAUUUGUGCACCAAGCUGCGCUCUCAGUUCCCCGCAUUCGCCCAUCCACUGCUCGUCUCGGCCGUCCUGCUCGAGCUCACGGCGACCGAUCUCAUGCGCGAGCUGUACCACAUCAACCGCCUCCUGACCGCGUCUGAAUACAAAACGCAGUCCGGCGACUGGGAAAUCAAAGACUCCCUCGCAAACGCAGACCCCAACGCAGCGCCCAAACCCGCUGCCCUAGUCCUACCGCCCGCCCCCGGAGAAGCCUCGUGGUGGCACGACGCCGCCACGGCGGAGAUGCAAAACGAGCCGAGCUACUGGAAAGACAUGAGCCGGGAAAUGCAGGACUGCACGGACAACCACCAGCUGGCGCGCAUCCUCGGCUUCCUGGGCUGCCGCUUCGCGUUCAUGAACGCCGCUGUGCAGUGCAGUCUCGCGACGGUCGAGUUCACGCUGCAGGAGAUCGGCUUGAUGAACGACUACGUCGCGCCUGCGAACCGGCGCAGGCUCAGGGGCGUCAUGAACGGCGCGGCGCUGAGGGAUCGCGCGGAGCUGCUGCAGAGCAAUCUGCGGCAUAUGGCGGUGUUUGCGGCGAUUGGGCCGCGCAUGCAGACGCAGCAGACUGUUGUAAGUGCUUUGGCCUUGGUAUUGAUAGUUCGCCAUGGUUUUUUUACGUGGGAAGGACUCGCAGGUCAAUUGCUAACGGAGUCACUGCGCGGCCUCACAGCUGUUUAAUCUCAUCAAUAUCGGCAUGGCGCGAGACUCGAAGGAGCUGGCCGCGGCGAGUAAGCGGGAUAGUUCGGCCAUGAAGGUCAUCGCCGUGCUGACAGCGCUUUUCCUGCCGGGCACCUGUAUCGCUACUUUAUUUGCCAUGCCUAUCCUCAACUGGAAUGCGUUUUCCAUGCGCGAUGUUAUGACUAGCCACUUCUGGCUUUACUGGGCUGUGACUAUCCCCCUGACGAUCGUGGUCAUGGCUAUUGUUGGCGCUUAUGGGUUGGUCCAGGCGAGGGAGAACAGGAGGGCCGCGGACAAGG